ACGAUUCGUCUCAAUGGAGCCUUCCGUUGUUUAUACUGGUUGUGAAUUUUAUAUUCCCUUAGCCUCAAUAAAACAGUGUUCCUCUUAAACGUUUCACAUAACUUACAAUAAAUACGUGAGAUAAGUACUGACGCUCAAAACUCAAAAGCUUUGUUCCGAAGUGGCUUUAACACUUUACAUAAAUAACAACAUGAAAGCUGCCGCGAUGUCUGUGUGGGUCUUCAUCAAUCUCCUAUGUUUUGGUAUGUGCGGAUAUCUCUAUCUAAUCUGGUCUCAAUAUUGGAUGUAUAUUGAGCGACAGAGGCUUUUUAACAAGUCGCCACCAAACACCGUACAGCGGACGGGAACAGCGUUAACAGGCCAGGAUGUUUACAUGGGAAAAGACAAUUCAAAUACACCGUCGAAUUAUACCCAACUUAAUUCUAUUCGCAAAAAUAGGAGAUCCGCAAUCGGAUCGUACUGGAGCGGUGCAGGACAGACACAGGCGAAACCUUCUGGCUCGCCUGAUCGACCGUCCAAUAAUAUAGUGAGGAAAAGUCAAGGAAGCCCGAGAUUCCCGAACAUACACAAACCUAUACUGGAGUUCGACAGCGAUAGAUAUAUGUGCGAUGACUACCUCAGCGAGACUUGUGAGAGUCAAACAGCGGAACUUAGACAGCUGCUGCUGAAAGAGUUCCAUCGAGUUUUGAUGGCUGAAAGUAAAGUUUUCCGGUCGGGCUUAGAUUCGCAGAAUCAUUAUGACGUGAAAUACGAAAAUGCGAAUCGAAAAGAGCUUUCCAAAGAGGAAGUUCUAUGUGCCCUGAAGCGAGUUGCUGUCCAGACUGUGACUUCUAAUGAUGAGCCGUUUGCGAGACUUGGGUUUCACAUAGCUGAUAAUGCUCUACAAGAAAAUAGAGCCUUCAACACGUGCGCGGUAGUCACCAAUGCUGGAGCGUUACUGGGCUCACGUUUAGGAGAAUUCAUAGAUUCCCACGACAUGGUGCUGCGGUUUAACAAUGCACCGACGGUCAACUAUACUGAUGACGUUGGAUCGAAAACCACAUUUCGCGUGCUCAAUUCACAGGUAGUAACCAAGCCGGAAUUUAAAUUCCUUGAAGACCCUUUGUACAGAGGAAUUUCCAUAUUAAUCUGGGACCCAGCGAACUACUCGUCGACAUUGGAAGACUGGUACUAUCACCCUGACUUCCCAUUGUUUCCUGUCUAUAAGAGAUUACUGGAUACGAGACCGGAGGCCGAUGUUCAUCUGUUGAAACCACAAGUCCUUUGGGAUCUCUGGGCUGUGCUGCAGGAUUCAUCGCCUUAUAGACUUAGAAGGAAUCCUCCAUCGUCAGGUUUCAUAGGGCUUUGGUUCGCACUACAGAGGUGCAACCGAGUAAGGGCAUUUGAGUACGUGCCCUCUGCGCGUGCGACGCGUCGCUGCCACUACUACUCGACGCACGACGAUUCUGCGUGCACGCUGGGGGCAUGGCAUCCACUGGCCCAAGAGAAAGCACUGGCCGAACGGGUCAGAGACAACUCCGACCUCAACGUCUUUCAGAGAGGGUUCAUUGAUAUACCUGGGUUGAGGCAUGCAGUUUGCUAGGUUAAUGAAUUUUUUUGUGACUUUUAACUCAUCCUGACUUACUAGUAAGGAUCAACGUUGUCAUUAAGAUAUUGUGUGAGAGCCACAUGGCUCUAGGUUUCCUUGUAUGGCCCAUAUUCUAGCUAGACCUUAUGAAUACCCGAUGUAGAGACCUAGAAUGAGACUUAAAAAUAGAGCUCAAUAUUAAGCACAAUUUUUGUGUAAUCAAGGUUAAGAAGACUACUUCUUAGUUAUUUAUAGCUCAUUUGUUUGAGUGUACUCGUAUAAUCAAUGACAUACCAUAACAUCUUAGCGUAUAAUACGUCUCAGUCUCCUGGUGGCAUAUUAUACGUAUAAAUGAUCUCUUGCUGCCAAAUAACAUCUAUAUAUAUGUUACGGUUAAUGUGAUAAAUUGAAAAUUAUUAAUAAUAACCGGUUAUUAUGAAUAAUUACCGACAGUCGCGGUAAAAGUGAUAAAUUAAUCACAUUUAACAGUGAUUAUUUAAUAAUUCAACCUUAGUACUAACAAAUUUCUUAAAAGAGAACAACAUCUUGUGUACGUGCUCGUGUACAGCCAAACUUUUGAACGUUUUGAUAUCAUAUAUUAAUAUAAUUUGGCAUAAUGAGUUUGGAAUGUUUCUUGCAUAAUAUUACUUUUCAAUGAUGCCUAUAACAUAAUGUUUUGAUUUAAAGUGAAAAAUAGGUUAAGGUGCGGCGGGGGUGGCCCUUGGGCCACCCCUAAGCCGCCUAUUUAGUUUUAUACACACAUAAAUGACCUCAUAUUAAUCACAUUAACCAAAUCAUGCGGUAAUUAUUCAUAAUAACCGGCGAUUAUUCAUAAUUUUCACAUUUAUCACUUUGACCGUAACAUAUAUAAAAAUGAAACCCGUUUUCCGUUGUCACGACAUAACAUGAAAACGGCUUGACCGAUUUGGCUGAUUUUUUUUUUGUAGUUUUCUAAUACUCUGUACAAGGUUUUUACGGAAAAAAAUAUAAAGAAAAUCUCUACGCUAAGGCGGUACGAAGUUCGCCGGGUCAGCUAGUUUUUAUAUAGGUAAGCUAUUGAAUUUGUUUAAACAGGCAAGUUACUAUUUCAAGGGAUUUAGUACUUUCAGGCGUAAUUCAAUACAGUAUAUUGGAAUUGAGAUUUUUAUGUUAAUGUGAAUGUAAGACCUCUUUAUUGAUAUUUACUCGUCUGUACUUAUUUUGCUUAGUAGCGUUUUAAUGUUUGUCAUAAGUGAUUGGUUAUUUUAUAUAAGUAAUGGUUAGGAAUAAAACUUACCUGGCAAGUCUAUGUUAAAAUACAAAGUGUUAUACAUAUAAAACAAUAACAUAUUUACCUUAUACGUCUCUCGAAACUUUACCACUGUAAAGAAAUACCAUUAAACAUACGAUAGGUAUAUUGUAAAUAGUAUAAAACUAAUAUGUAGCCAAAGAAAAUUAUAUAUUUUCUCUUGCCUUAGCUCUCUAUACAUUAAAAUACGCCAAUAUUAAUAUACACAAGGCUUGCAAC